UCAAAAUGCAUCCGAUGAAGUGAGCUGUAGCUCACGAAAGCUUAUGCUCAAAUAAAUUUGUUAGUCUCUAAGGUGCCACAAGUACUCCUUUUCUUGAACCAGGAGAGACCAUGAAAGAGCAAACAGCAGCAGCUGUGGUAGGAGCUCCGCUGACAAAUCUGAUGAUGACCAUCAAGCCUCUGAGCGUGGUGUCUGUAACUAGCCAGUGCAGUUACAGCAGCACCGUUGUGCAUAUCCCACAACCUGAGUCAGAAGUGACUGCAAUAGAAGAUGCCACUGUAGGGAGUGAACAAAUUGAGCUGCCUCCUUUGAAUGCUCCCACUGUGGUUCUUGAGGAAUUUAAGCAAGUUGGACCAACAAAGGAAGUUUUGUCAGUCCACACUCUGAAAGAGGAGCAAAACUACAUUGACGGGCUCCAUCAGAGGACAUUGUCAUCUCCAUACUAGUCUGAUCUUCAGC